AUGCCCACAGUGACUUUACCGCCGAAAGAGAACGCUCUCUUCAAGAGGAUUCUGCGAUGUUACGAGCACAAACAAUACAGAAACGGGCUCAAGUUCUGCAAACAGAUUCUGUCAAACCCCAAGUUUGCAGAGCAUGGAGAGACUUUGGCCAUGAAGGGUUUGACCCUGAACUGUCUGGGGAAGAAGGAGGAGGCCUACGAGCUGGUGAGGAGAGGCCUGCGCAACGACCUGAAGAGCCACGUCUGCUGGCACGUCUACGGCUUACUGCAGCGCUCGGACAAAAAGUAUGACGAGGCCAUCAAGUGUUACCGCAACGCUCUGAAGUGGGACAAGGACAACCUGCAGAUCCUCAGAGACCUGUCCCUGCUGCAGAUCCAGAUGCGGGACCUGGAGGGCUACAGGGAGACGCGGUACCAGCUCCUCCAGCUGCGUCCAGCCCAGCGCGCCUCCUGGAUCGGCUACGCCAUCGCCUACCACCUCCUGGAGGACUACGAGAUGGCGGCAAAGAUCAUCGAGGAGUUCAGGAAAACACAGCAGACAUCUCCAGACAAAGUGGACUACGAGUACAGCGAGCUGCUGCUGUACCAGAACCAGGUCCUGAGAGAAGCCGGUCUCUACAAGGAGGCCCUGGAGCACCUCUCCAACUACGAGAAGCAGAUCUGCGAUAAACUGGCCGUGGAGGAGACACGAGGAGAGGUGCUGCUGAAGCUGGAGCGUUUGGACGAGGCCACAGAGGUGUACCGCCGCCUACAGGAGAGGAACCCCGAGAACUGGUCCUACUACCACGGCCUGGAGAACGCCCUGAAACCCGGCAGCGUAGAGGAGAGACAAAAGAUCUACGAAGAUGCCUGGGAGAAGUUCCCCAAAGGCCUGGUCCCCCGCCGGCUGCCCCUAAACUUCCUGUCAGGUGAGAAGUUCCGGGAGUGCCUGGACCGGUACCUGAGGAUGAACUUCAGCAAAGGCUGCCCGCCCGUCUUCACCACGCUGAAGUCGCUCUACAACGACAAAGAAAAGGUGGCCAUAAUCGAGGAGCAGGUGGUCGGCUACGAGACGUCGCUAAGGAGCUGCCGCAUGUUCAGCCAGAACGAUGACGGGAAGGAGGAGCCCCCCACCACCCUGCUGUGGGUGCAGUACUUCCUGGCUCAGCACUACGACAUGAUUGGCCAGCAGACGCUGGCCCUGGAGUACAUCAACGCCGCCAUCGAGAGCACGCCCACCCUCAUCGAGCUCUUCCUCAUCAAAGCCAAGAUUUACAAGCACGCCGGGAACAUCCGAGAGGCGGCCCAGUGGAUGGACGAGGCCCAGGCUCUGGACACCGCCGACCGGUUCAUCAACUCAAAGUGUGCCAAGUACAUGCUGAAGGCCGGCAUGGUCAAAGAAGCCGAGGAGAUGUGCUCCAAGUUCACCCGGGAGGGAGCGUCUGCUGUGGAGAACCUGAACGAGAUGCAGUGCAUGUGGUUCCAGACCGAGUGCGCGCUCGCCUACAAAUCCAUGAACAAAUUCGGAGACGCCCUCAAAAAGUGCCAUGAGAUCGAGAGGCAUUUUGUGGAGAUCACGGACGACCAGUUUGACUUCCACACCUACUGCAUGAGGAAGAUGACGCUGCGCUCCUACGUGGACCUGCUGAAGCUGGAGGACGUCCUUCGGAUGCAUCCCUUCUACUACAAGGCCGCCGUCACCGCCAUCCAGAUCUACCUGAGUCUCCAUGACAACCCGCUGACCGACGACAGCAAAGAGCUGCAGGCCGACACUGCCAACCUGUCGGACAAAGAGCUGAAGAAGCUGAGGAACAAGCAGCGAAGAGCCCAGAAGAAGGCGCAGCUGGAGGAGGAGAAGAAGAACGCCGAGAAGGAGAAGCAGCUUAAGAACCAGAAGAAGAAGAAGGAGGACGACGACGAGGAAAUCGGGGGGCCCAAAGAGGAGCUCAUCCCUGACAAGCUGGUGAAGGUAGAAAAUCCACUGGAGGAAGCCGUCAAGUUCCUGAUGCCUCUCAAACACCUGGUCAAAGACAAAAUCGACACACACCUGCUGGCCUUCGAGAUCUACUUCAGGAAAGAAAAGUACCUGCUGAUGCUCCAGUCGGUGAAGCGGGCGGUGGCCAUCGACCCCGACCACCCGUGGCUGCACCAGUGUCUGGUGCGCUUCUUCAAAGGAGUGUCGGAGAGCCAGGAGCUGCCGGAGGUGGUGCGGACGGUGCUGAAGCAGGAGAUCACCCGGCUGUUCGGGGACAGCAACGCCAGCAGCUUCAACCAGGCCUACCUGGGCCGCCACUCGGGCUCCAUCCCGCACCGGCUGGCCGGUGAGAGAGCUGACCUCAUCAAACGCAAACGUUCCACCUUUGGAACAGCGAGUCGGCUCCUUCUUCAUUCCUACGAACAGCACAGGGAACAGAUUUAA